GCUCUUCUGACGUGACGCCGGCGCCGCUCCCUCUUCCGCCAUAUUAAUAGUGAUCGGGCGGGGCGGGGGAAGAGCGAGUUAGUGAGCUGCAGUUAGGAGAAGCAGUUUCCCUUCUCCUACGGCGCAGUGACCGGAAAAAGUGUAUCUGAACUGGCCUUCUGCAGGGAGUCUGUUUCACUGAGAGCUGCAACAUUGAUGUUAUAUCUCACAAGCUUCUGAGAAACUUUAGCAGUUCCCUUUUCAGGACUUGCACUGUUUUGAUCAUCCAUAAGGGUGCACACAUUCCAGGUGGAAAAUCGCUAUCGAGCAAGUUUCAGACUUUGGUGAUAACACCCCCAUUCAUAAUGGCAGCAAACAAGACCAAAGGCCAGAAUUCCUUAGCUCUUCACAAAGUGAUUAUGGUUGGGAGUGGUGGUGUGGGGAAAUCUGCCUUAACGCUACAAUUCAUGUAUGAUGAGUUUGUUGAGGAUUACGAGCCUACAAAAGCAGACAGCUAUCGGAAGAAAGUGGUGCUGGAUGGUGAGGAAGUCCAGAUAGACAUCCUUGAUACUGCAGGCCAAGAAGAUUAUGCUGCUAUCAGGGAUAACUAUUUUCGUAGUGGAGAAGGCUUCCUCUGUGUUUUUUCCAUCACUGAACAAGAAUCUUUUGCAGCUACAGCUGACUUCAGGGAACAGAUUCUCCGGGUGAAAGAGGACGAGAACGUUCCCUUCCUGCUUGUUGGCAAUAAGUCAGAUUUGGAGGAUAAACGACAAGUAUCAGUGGACGAAGCAAAGAGCAGAGCUGACCAAUGGAGUGUGAAUUACGUAGAAACAUCAGCAAAAACAAGAGCCAAUGUUGAUAAGGUUUUCUUUGACUUGAUGAGGGAAAUACGUGCAAGAAAAAUGGAAGAUAGUAAAGAGAAGAAUGGGAAGAAGAAAAGGAAAAGCAUAGCUAAAAGGAUCCGGGAAAGAUGUUGCAUUUUAUAAACUCUGCAGACUAAACCAUUUUAGAAGUCUAAACAUACUAAGUAUCUCAUUUCAUUCACUGUUCCUUCAGAGUGAUUGAAGGUACACUAAUGUUUUACAUUCGGGUUUCAGAAAGCAUGAAUUGGAGCCAACUUUAGGACACACAAUUGAUCAAGAGAUUUAAUUUCAAUCCGAAGCGCUGAAUUUUGUGCGAUGUCAAUUGGUAUCUGGACUUCAGGUUCAUUUUUUUUAACAAUACCAUUGGAAAGGUUUCUUUGCCUGGGUGGGUCUUGUGUGGGGGUGGUUAAUCAUUUCAGUCGUCAUUUAAAUUACAAAAUGAAAAAUGGUGACUCACUUCUCUCACAAGGCAAAGCACUUUGUUAAAUCACCUUUUGAAUCUGAACUAUCAGCAUUUGUAGAUUCUAUACGAUAACUUUUAAUUUCCCCUGGCAAAACUGAGGCUUAAAUACUGCUAUUUGGGAAAUAAAUUGUUUGUAUUAAGCAGAACUUUACCUUGACGGAUUUGCUGUUUUUUCUUAAAGAAAAAGCACCGUCCAAUUGUAAGUUCAAUUGGUAGCACUGGUUUUUCACCAUUUGAAUUUUCUAACCAAAAAACUUGCUGUUAAUAACUGUACUCAAGAAUUCACUUUUUGACCUGUUACAAGCUGAGAUAAAACUUGCUGCAUGAUAGUUUAAAAAUCUUCACUAAGUAUUAAGAGGUGUAACCUGUGAAAUACUAAAGUGUUUUUCUUCAAAAUGAGCUUAUUUGGGUUUUUGCUCCACUUAGUCAUUUGGCAUUUGUUUUUUCUUUUAUGAAUGCUAGUAAUCCAUUGAGACUCAUUUGGAGCUAUGGGUUUCUAAUGUUACAGGUUAGAAGACAAACUGUAUUUCCAUCAGUAGAAUGCACAACAGCUUGUUUAUGUCCCAAUAUCUCUCUUUGACACUUAGCACAUUGCAAUUAAUAGGGAAAAUUUGCACAUGCAUGAGUUAUCAUUUAUUUUCCUUUCUACAAUAUACUACAUUAAUUUUAAACAAAUUGCUAGUAGGAGUAAAAAGAAAUGGGACAUUUAAAUCAUUGGGCCUAAAUCUAAUUCCUGAACAAUAAAUGGGAUUUUACUCCUUUUCCUGUCAAAAUUAACCUAACUAAAUAACAGGAACCCAUGCCAUUUAAGUGAGAUUUUGUUAGGUUAAUUGGAGCAAAACUGGCAUUCUUGGGUCUUUGAGAAAUUUCAUUUCUGAUGCAAUAUUGGUUACUGGAGUAGUAAUCGAUGUUUUUGUUUUGCAGUUGGCAGAUUGAGCACUUCUAGUUAUUCAGCCACCUGGAAUUUAAUAAACCUGUUUUGGUCUUGAGAGAGAAGAUUGGGAAGCUUGAUGUUGCAAUUGCCUGGGUUAAAUUAUGGUCUCCAAUUUUUAAAAUGCAAAUAGAGUUGUAUGUUAUAUCUGCACUAGUGAAUUGAUUUAGUUUUCUCCUUUAGUCACCAAUGGGAUUUGAUCAUACUAAAGUUUGAUUUCAAUGAGCUCCCUGCUAUAUGGCCUCCUGAGAAGCUUGCACCUGCUGUGACAACGCAUACAUGGUUGACACUUGGAGCAAUUUUCACCCAACCUGCUCACUGGAAAAUUGACUACAAUAUUCCUUCCCAAUUGAAUUCAAUGGAGAGUAGUAGUGGGCAGGGCUCAAAACUAGCAUUCUGUCUGAUGCUAUGGGUUUCCUGCAUGGCAAGUUAUGUUAAAAUGAAUUCCUCGCAAUACCAAUGAGAACAGAAGGUGUGCUGUCAGCAUGGGAAUCCUGUCAUUUAUGAUAAAUUGGGAUGAACAUGAGUUACUUAGAUGUAACAAGUUUGAUUAUGUCUGUACUAAGCCUGAGACAAAUUGGGACUCAGUUUUUUGUUAUCUAACUUGCUAGACUUGCAUGUAUAUGGAUUUCACUGUAUUUGUUAUAUCAAAGUAAUUGUAAGUGGCAUUUUGAGGCAGAUUCUGGCUUUUCAAAUGAGGCACUAAUGCACAAAAGCAGAUACACAUGCAUAUAAUCAAGCUGGGCUAAACUGUAGAAAAGCAGUGUAAAACUUGUAAAUAGAAACUUAUCUGAAAAUGCCUUAAUUUGAAAUCUUUACAGGUUACAUCCAUCAGGAGUGUGGCAAAUGAAUUAUGCAGAUGAUAACUGCUAAGAACUUCUUACUAAUCCUGUAAAAUGUGCCAUAUUUUGGGCCUGAUAGCCCAAAAAAUAAUUCAGUUGACUUGAUAUUUGGGGCUACCAUCUUCAGAAUUUAAUUAUGCAUUUUGGUUCAAAUAGCAGUUAAACAUCUCAUGUUUUUGUAAAAAAAAAAUGUAUGUAUUGUCCUUCAUAUUACAGUCCCCAGCCCUGCAGAGAGAUUUAGUGUGAAAGUGGAAGAAUGAAGAUUGAACUGUUUGGUUCAGAAGCCCCCACCACCCAGCCAAUCUACUCACUUUCUAUUGGCUGAGAUUUACUGACAAGGAAUUGCAGUCAAGGCGAGACUUAAAGCUGCUUUUGAAUUCUUUUAACAGUUUCAACAAGAACAUCAGGAUGAUGCCACUAAAUCUGGAGUGUUGGGAACCUAGAAUGUAUAGUAUAUAAGAUAUCAUUUGUUCUGUCCUUUUUUUAUUUAGAUGCAUUGUUUGCAUUUUGUCAUGUUUUAAACUUUUAAUGUUGUGUGUUUCAAAGUAGGAGUUAUUUGCACUGUAUAGAAUUGAGGGAUACUAUGAAGAGUUGCUGCAAAAUAUAUAAACCUUGUUUGGGCAUAAGCAGUUUAGACACUUUUUUUUUACAUUUUGUGAGCAGUGCAUAGCUGUGAAAUUUGUAUGGCAGUGUGAAUUAUAAAAUGAAAAUGAUUCUAACCACUAACAUUAGAUUUGCAGUAUAUGUGAAGCUUGGGUUUUAUGGUGUUAUGAAGCUGAAAAACACAAAUGUUAAAAGCUGAUGCCCUUGCCCACAAAACAUUUUAAUUGUAUGUUGAACCAUUAAAAAAUAAAAUAACAUUUUUACAGCA